UCCUCCUCUACCACAUUCCCUUCCUACUCGUUGCUCUUCGGCGAGGCUCCAAUGGCAGCUAGCGUUAACUGCAGCGGAAUGGCUCUUUCGACAACGACCCCUCGCCUACCGUGCCGUCGACGGUGGCGGCCGAUUGAUUGGAAUAUUGCAGAAGGGCAAGGCAAGGGGAGCGGGUUGGGUUGGCGGCAUUGGAGAUCUCUUUCCAUUACCACCAAGAAACGUCCCCUCGCCCACAUGCCCGUCAAGGCGAGCCACCUGAAAAUGGAUGCCAAGGUUGAAGAUUUGGAUUUAGGGCGGACUGAUCCUGGGUCCGUCGUUGCGGUUAUUCUUGGUGGGGGAGCUGGAACCCGUCUCUUCCCUCUAACCAAGCAGAGGGCCAAACCAGCUGUGCCAAUUGGAGGUGCUUACCGGUUGAUCGAUGUGCCAAUGAGCAAUUGCAUCAACAGCGGAAUCAAUAAAGUGUACAUUCUAACUCAGUUCAAUUCUGCAUCGUUGAAUAGACAUAUUGCACGGGCGUACAACUUAGGCAAUGGUGUAAGCUUUGGAGAUGGCUAUGUUGAGGUGCUAGCAGCCACUCAAACUCCUGGUGAGCAUGGAAAGAGAUGGUUUCAAGGCACCGCUGAUGCUGUUCGACAAUUUCAUUGGCUUUUUGACGAUGCCAAAGCCAAGUAUAUCAACGAUGUUCUUAUUCUAUCUGGAGAUCAUUUAUACCGCAUGGAUUAUAUGGACUUAAUUCAGAGUCAUCGACAAAGUGGUGCUGAUAUUACUGUCUCUUCUAUGCCAAUGGAUGGCAGUCGUGCUUCAGAUUUUGGUUUGAUGAAGAUCGACAGUAUCGGAAAAAUUACUUCAUUCAGUGAAAAACCAAAAGGAGAAGAUUUACAGGCAAUGGAAGUUGACACCACGAUUUUGGGGUUGUCAAAAGAAGAGGCUGCACAAAAACCAUAUAUAGCAUCAAUGGGCGUAUAUGUAUUCAAGAAGGAUUUGCUCUUAGAUCUUCUCAGAUCGCAGUUUGCUACCUCAAAUGACUUUGGAUCUGAGAUAAUUCCUGCCUGUGCUAAUGAGUACUUCGUUAAGGCAUAUCUCUUUAAUGAUUACUGGGAAGACAUUGGGACAAUUAAAUCCUUCUUUGAAGCAAAUCUUGCUCUUGCUGCACAUCCACCUCGCUUCAGCUUUUAUGAUGCAGCAAAGCCAAUGUAUACAUCACGAAGAAACUUGCCUCCAUCAAUAGUCGACAACAGCAAGGUUGCUGAUUCAAUUGUUUCACAUGGAACUUUCUUGGACAACUGUUUGAUAGAGCACUGUGUGGUUGGUGUUAGAUCUCGCAUAAACCCUAAUGCGCACUUGAAGGAUACAGUUAUGCUAGGUGCUGAUUAUUACGAGACUGAAACUGAAAUAGAAUCAUUACUAGAUCGACGGAGAGUCCCUAUGGGCAUUGGAGAGAACACAACAAUAAGGAAUUGUAUAAUUGACAAGAAUGCAAGGAUUGGGAAAAAUGUGAUAAUUGCAAACUCAGAUGGUGUACAAGAAGCCAAUAGAUCUUCAGAAGGCUUCUAUAUAAGAUCCGGCAUCACUGUCAUUUUGAAGAACUCAACAAUUGCUGAUGGAUUGGUCAUAUGAGCAUUUCAAGGAAUAAUGUGGCAUGGACUAACAAAUAUGCUUGAAGAUAAUGGAGAACAAAUAAAGGGGUAAA